UCAGGAAAUGAGAGUGAAAACAAAACCACAGAUCUGCAACUUCACAAAUGAGACCUGCGCAUAGUCAUUUUCUAGCUGAAGUUGGGACAUAUUAAUCGGCAUAAAAAUAUAUAUAUAUAAAAUGGAAUCUGGUGCCUAUGGUGCCUCGCUGGCCGGAGGUGACUUCGAUUUUAUGAGCUUUGUUAAACAACCUCAAACCAUAGUCCGCAUCUUGAGCUGGAUCUUUUCCAUAGUGGUGUUUGCCACCAUCACUGGAGAAGGCUAUGUCAACCCUUUACUCCUGCCUGACACCAAAUGCAUGUUCAACAGGAAUGACAGCGCAUGCGGCUUCGGAGUGGGUAUCGGAAUUUUGGCCUUUCUCGCCUGCGUCGUCUUCAUCAUACUGGACGCCUACUUCCCUCAGAUCAGCAACGCCAAAGAGAGGAAGAACAUUGUCACUGUUGACUUGGUCUUCUCUGGAGUGUGGACGUUGUUCUGGUUCAUCUGCUUCUGUGUCCUGGCCAAUCAGUGGUCUCACACCACCGAAGUAGCAGGCAUCCCUGUCGACGCCGCCCGAGCCGUAGUGGCCUUCUCCUUCUUCUCCAUUGUCACUUGGGCUCUAUUGACUACAUUUGCUUAUACAAGAUAUCGCCAAGGAGUGGGUGACCUUGACCAGGGCUACACAGACCCAGCCUAUGACAACAGCACUCCUUACCCAUCUACCUCCGCCUAUCCCCCGUACCCCACCAGUGGGCCAGAGGGCUACCAGCAGUCCCCUUUCACCCCCCAAAACCAAGAGCAUCCAGCACCAUACCAGCCCCCAUCUUACUGAGGGACUGGACCAUUGACCAGAUUUGGGGGGGGAGUUUGAGUUUUUAAGUUGCCAUUGGUGCCUGUAGCCUGGUCCCAGAUCUGUUUGUGCUGUCUUGCCAACUCCUACGGUCAUGCCAAACACAAAAAGAUCUGGGACCAGGCUAUGUUGCCUCAGCUAUGUGGACUGAUCUCAGCACUCCACUGGUCCUCUCCUUUCACCUAACUGUUUAAGUCUUAGCUGGUGUUGCGCUUACAUAAUGAAGGGUGUGUUGACAUGAUUUCAGUUGGUAUUCAUAUUGUAGUUUAGGUUGUGAAUGGAUAUUUUGCUGCAUUUUUAUACAUACAACUAGAGUGCCUGAGCUGAGCUUCAGGUAGAAUCUAAGGAAAACUGUUACUAGGGUAAAACCUAGAAUGCCAUGGAAAAAUAUGAGAUUCAGAGUGCCAUCACCACUUGAGGUAACUGCCAUAUGUUCUUUAUGUUGUUCUCUGCACUGUUUGUCUUGUAACAUAUGUAAUGCAGUCAUGUGGACACUGAAGUUCAGAUCAAACCACUAAAACAUAUGUCGCUGUCAACAUUGCUUGUAUUGCAAAUAAUGAGGCUAUGCUAUGCUAUGCUAUGCUAUGCUAUGCUAUGCUAUGCUAUGCUAUGCUAUGCUAUGGACACACUGUAUUUUUCUAUGCUGCCUAAUCCAGUUAUAUGGUAUAGUGCAUAUACAAAUACCUUUUGAUAAUUUCAAUGUAUUUCAACAUUCUAGCCAGCCCAGGAUAUCAGAACUUAUUGCCAUAUAUCUAGAAAUCAAAUGUAUUGCUAAAUUAUUGACAAACGAAGACUGUUUUUGUUUUUCUCUGCAAACCCAUACUUUUAUUUGUCCCAAUAAUGGGUGCACUGUCUGAAAAAUGCUACCUUUAACAACUACUGUAUAUCAGUGCUUUUAAAAACCACCACUGAACUCACUCAGAGCCUAUUUCCUGUACCCAGUUUAAACCUACUUCUGGACUGAAACUCACGCUUAAUGGAAAAGCUCCAUUGCAAGUAGAUUUUCAUCCAGGAAUAGGUUUAUUAAUCUUGGUCUGGGAAACCAGCCGUACAUUUUUGGGGGGUAAAUUGGAUAACACGUUAUCUUUCUGUCAUUUGUAGUACAUGCUCCCAAGUCAUGUUAACCCUUUCAUUUGUAGUACAUGCUCCCAAGUCAUGUUAACCCUGUCAUUUGUAGUACAUGCUCCCAAGUCAUGUUAACCCUGUCAUUUGUAGUACAUGCUCCCAAGUCACCAAGUCAUGUUGUCAUUUGUUAACCAAGUCAUGUUAACCCUUUCAUUUGUAGUACAUGCUCCCAAGUCAUGUUAACCCUGUCAUUU